ACCCUCUACCUUAACUGGUAGUCUUUUAAAAGAAAAAAAAUUGAUCAAACUUCUAGAAUAAACUGAGUAGGGUAAGCUUAUUCUACCAGCCGAAAAAAGCCACCAAAUGAACUGGCACUAAACAAGUCAGCCAAUCAACGGCGCCUGUUGAUUCCAGGGCACAUUUCCUUGUUUCUUCCCCAUCCUUCGGCUCGGCUCGUCGAUCGGCGGUGAUGUCAGAGGAGGCGGCGAGGAGCAGGGUCCUGGUGGUCGGCGCCACCGGCCGCCUCGGGGGAAGCCUCGUGCGCGCGAGCCUCGCCGCCGGCCACCCCACCUUCGCGCUCAUUCGCCCGCACCACUUCGCCCUCCACGACUCCGCCCCCCUCAAGCCGCUCGCCGCGGCCGGCGCCACCAUCCUCAAGGGGUCGCUGGACGAUUACCCGAGCUUGCUGGAGGCCGUGCGGCAGGUGGACGUGGUCAUCUGCGCGGUGCCCACGAAGCAUGCGCUCGAGCAGAAGCCUCUGAUUCGGGCUAUAAAGGAAGCUGGGUGCGUGAAGAGAUUUAUUCCGGCGGAAUUUGGAGUUGAUCACACAAAGGUGCAGAUUUGUGACAUGGACCAUGGCUUCUAUGAGAAGAAAGCUGAAAUCCGCCGUUUAAUAGAGAGCGAGGAUAUUCCUCACACGUACAUCUAUUGCAACUUCCUGAUGCGCUAUUUGCUUCCUUCGCUAGUGCAGCCGGGUCUAGAUGCCCCUCCAAGAGAUGAAGUUACGAUAUUUGGUGGAGGAGAUACUAAAGGUAUCUUCGUUGAAGAGGGUGAUGUGGCUAAAUUUACAGUGUGUACCAUAGAGGACCCCAGAACAUUAAACAUGACAUUGUAUUUGAGACCUCCGGGAAAUAUCUACUCACUGAAUGAAUUGGUUAGCCUCUGGGAGACAAAAAUCAACAAAUGCCUAAAGAAGAUACAUAUAACUGAAGAGCAACUCCUUAAAAACAUUCAGAAUGCACCGUUUCCUCUGAAAAUGGAUUUGAUAUUUAUAUAUUCAGCUUUUGUUAAGGGUGAUCACACGUAUUUUGAAAUUGACUCGAGAAGUGAAGGAACUCAACUGUAUCCUGAUGUAAAGUAUACCACAGUUAGCGAGUACUUGGAUACACUAGUUUAGAAUGUUGGUGAUCUGUAUGUUGGUCAUAAGUACCAACCUUUUGUUUCAAUUGACAUUUUGAAUGAUGAUGGGAGUGAUGAAUGUGUUCCAAGUUCUUGUGCUCACA